AUGUCAGAAGCUAUUUCAACAGAUGGGUUUGAGGACCAAAUUAUGGGCGAGAAAAAAGCUUGUCGUUCACUCACGGAGCUGCCGUCCAGGACGCAAUUGAACAUCGACUCCAUCGCUCUGCUAGAAAAUGUUUCCACCCAGCUCUUGAAGCUACUCAAGACUAGUAGUAUGGAGACAUUGAUGCAUUUGACGAAUCCUGAUAAUUUGGAUGUUAAUGAAGCCGAGGUUUUCGAAACUCUUUCUAAGCUGUUCGUGCAAGUGAAAAAAGUGUACACUGAGCAGCCUCUGCUGCGUGUAAGUGACGUGGCGCCUGGCUUGUGGCUUGCGGACGAAGAGUGUCCCUACGUUUUGAAAUCAAGAGAAAGCUUAAUUUUGGCCGCCAUUCGGAAGGCUAACGUCGCCACGUAUCUGCUUUCAAUUAUGGGCAGAUUGCAAAAUGGGUUCUCGUUCUUGGAUGACAACUUCAUCGAGAUUUUCGCCCCAGAAGGCAAAGAGCUGCCAUCUGAGGUUGAUCGGGUUCUUGCAACCUCGCUGGGCAGACUUUUGAAGCCGCAGGCGGUCUUGUAUCUAAAUCUGAAGACUCAGGCAUACAUCUCCGCCAUGGAGCCCUGGAAGGAAUGCACCGCUGAGGAGCUAGCUCGCAUAAAACAAGAGACUCUUGAUCAGAUCUUCCCUUCGGAUAUGAAAACGUUUUUGCUAGCGAAAAAGCGGUUACGGACCAACCGGCUAAGUCCUUCGGAGGAGGACUUUAUGACAAGAUGCUCGCAUAGAAGAGAGAAACUAGCCACACAUGCAUCUCUCAACGAUUUGGCUCGCGAAUAUGACUGGAUGGAUUUCUUCAAAGAGAUUUUCUUCUACGUUCAGCGGAAUCUUUCGUUGCUGGUGUGGGGAAGAAGAAACAAUGAUAACCUUGAUUACCAGGACGACUCUGAGUCUGGCGCAAAUGAGGCGACUGCAAACACUGGAACUACAACUUCACGCCAAUGUGCUUCGAAAACCUUGCCGGAGUCUACGGGAAGUCCUAUGAGCUGCUCUUCUAGAAGCAGAACUCCUCCGCUGCUAACCAGAGAGAGAAAAGCGGACACGAGGCAUAAACAAAAAAGACUAUGGACCAAAGAAGAGGAAGCUGCACUUGUAGAUGCCUUAAAGACAAAUGGCCCGGCGUGGUCAAAGAUACUGGAGCUACACGGAGCCGGUGGUAGCCUCUCCGAAGCGUUGAAGAGACGAACCCAAGUACAACUCAAGGACAAAGCCCGCAAUUGGAAAAUGUAUUUCCUGAAAGGUGGUCAACCAGUUCCUGAUUAUCUGAUGAAAGUCACUGGCGAUCUGGAGAGAGAUGAAAGAUCUAGGUCAAGAUUCAGAAAACGUGUUGUCAGACCGUCGUCAGCUUCCUUUAAAAGCGACAGCUCUGUGAGUCCACACAGUGAGAAAGAACUCCGACACGUUGCAACAGUUAGCGUACUGCAAACAGAUGGAUAA